GGGGCCGGGGGCUCCGGCCGGGCCCCAUGGGGAACACGGUCACCUGCUGCGUGUCCCCGGACACCAGCCCCAAGCUCGGCCGGGCCCGCGCGGGGGGCGGCGGCGGGGCCGCGCCGGGGAGCGAGCGCCGGGCGGACGCUUACCAGGUAGCGGCGGCCGCGGCGGAGGCCGAGUCGGGGGACUCGGAUCCUGGGGGCGGCCCCCACCUGCAGCACAUCAGCGACCGGGAGUUCCCGGAUGAUUUAGCCUUGGAAUCAAAUCCAUCUGACCAUCCCAGAGCAAGCACAAUUUUCCUGAGCAAGUCUCAAACAGAUGUGCGAGAGAAGAGGAAGAGUAACCACAUCAAUCAUGUUUCUCCAGGGCAGCUUACGAAAAAGUAUAGCUCAUGCUCAACCAUAUUUAUAGACGACAGCACAGUCAGCCAGCCUAAUCUUAGAAGCACAAUAAAAUGUGUGACAUUAGCAAUAUAUUACCACAUAAAGAACAGAGAUUCAGCAAGAUCUUUGGAUAUUUUUGAUGAAAAAUCCCAUCCUCUCACGCGGGAAGAAGUUCCGAAUGACUACGGCAAGCAUGACCCUGAUCACAAGCACAUUUACCGUUUUGUACGGACGCUUUUUAGCGCAGCGCAGCUGACGGCUGAAUGUGCAAUAGUGACACUGGUUUACUUGGAAAGACUCUUAACCUAUGCGGAGAUUGACAUCUGUCCUAGUAACUGGAAAAGAAUAGUUCUAGGAGCUAUUCUGCUGGCUUCUAAGGUUUGGGAUGAUCAAGCUGUGUGGAAUGUGGAUUACUGCCAAAUAUUGAAGGACAUUACAGUUGAGGACAUGAAUGAGAUGGAAAGACACUUCUUGGAGCUGCUGCAGUUUAAUAUCAAUGUUCCUGCCAGUGUUUAUGCCAAAUACUACUUUGAUCUUCGCUCCUUAGCAGAUGACAACAACCUGAAUUUUCUGCUGGAGCCUCUUAGUAAAGAGAGAGCACAGAAACUGGAGGCUAUCUCCAGGCUCUGUGAGGACAAAUACAAAGACUUGUCCAAAGCUGCUAUGAGACGAUCUUUCAGUGCUGAUAAUUUAGUUGGUAUCCGUCGUUCUAAUGCCAUCCUCUCCUGAGGAGAGAGAAGGGUGCAGCACCGUGAAGCCAGUGUACUUGUGAACCGGAGAAAUACCACCACUCCAUGCACAUAAGCCAGCAGUGAUGGUGUCUUCCAGAAAGGGGAGGAAGGAUAAAACCAGCCAAGGGACCCCAGGGCCUGAGGAGCGUAUUCCAUUCAAAAAAUGGGACCUUGUCAAAUCAGUGCUCCUCCUUUUAAUGUAUCCAGAGGUGCAAAAACAAGCUCCCCACCUCCCCCCACAGAUGUUUGCUUACUGUGUAGGCCUAUAGCUGUGAACGAUGAGGUUUUUAAUAAUGAGUAGUUUUAAAUUUUAGGAUUUAAACACUAACCACGUGACGAUAGUUACAAUGUUCUUCCCUCUUCUCUCUGUCAUCCAGAAUCUUGUUGCGUUUGCCUUUCAGAGCGAAUGCAGUGUUAACAAAAAAAAA